AUGGAAAACCAGUUUGCUUCUAGAGAGAAGGGGUUUGGUUAUCUAGAUAUACCAGCAGAGCAAAUGGAUGGUUUAAGCUUUGGUUCAGGUUUUAGGAACUUGUGCUCUGAUGAUAUGUUUAACUCGCCUUCCUCGGAGCUUAUGAAUUUCGACUCUUUUGCUACCACAUGGUGUAAUAGUCCUUCCGCGAACGAUAUCUUGUUCGCCCAAUAUGGUCUAUCGACUCCCCAACCUAUGCCCUUUGGAGCUUUCACUUCAUUUCAUACAGCUGAGCCGAAGGCUGUUACUGUUUCAGGUCUUACUCGUUCAUUUCGUGAUUCGGAUAGCUCUUACUAUGGUGAAGAAAGGUCGUCAGUACAGGAAUUGAGCUCUCAGUUUCUUCGAUCUUUAGAUAGCGAUGAGUUAAGUGGUAAACGACGCAGGGUUACUAAUCCGAAGAAUGGUUUUCCUAACGUACUGAACUGUACUGUUCCCAGGUCUUUGAGCCACUCACUUGAUGAGAAGAUGCUUAAGGCAUUGAGCUUGUUUAUGGAGUCCUCGGUUUCAGGAGAGGGCAUUUUAGCACAAGUUUGGACCCCUAUUAAGACAGGAGACCAGUACUUGCUUAGUACCUGUGAUCAGGCCUAUUUGCUUGACCCGAGGCUUUCUCAGUACCGUGAAGUGUCGAGGAAAUUCACGUUUGCUUCUGAAGCAAAUCAAUGUUCUUUUCCGGGUCUUCCUGGCCGAGUCUUUAUCUCGGGAGUACCCGAAUGGACAUCAAACGUUAGGUACUACAAGACGGAUGAGUAUCUGCGCAUGAAGCAUGCACUAGAUAAUGAAGUCCGUGGUUCCAUUGCAAUACCUAUCCUUGAAGCAUCUGGGACAUCUUGUUGUGCUGUCAUGGAACUCGUCACAUCCAAGGAAAAACCUAAUUUUGAUAUGGAGAUGGACUCUGUUUGCCAUGCUCUCCAGGCUGUAAAUUUACGGACAUCAGCUAUCCCUCGUCCUCAGUACCUUUCAAGUAAUCAAAGAGAUGCCUUAGCUGAAAUACAAGAUGUUCUCCGAGCAGUAUGUCAUGCACACAAGUUGCCUUUGGCUCUAGCCUGGAUUCCUUGUAGUUACGACAAAGGAGGAAAUGAUCAAUCUGUAAGGGUUUGUGGACCAAGUUCAGGUGAAAAUUGUGUUUUUUGCAUAGAGGAGACAACUUGUUAUGUGAAUGAUAUGGAGAUGGAAGGCUUUGUGCAUGUGUGUUUGGAGCAUUGUCUAAGAGAAAAUGAAGGAAUUGUUGGCAAAGCUUUCGUAUCCAACCAGCCGUUCUUUUCUUCUGAUGUGAAAUCAUAUGACAUCAGUGAAUACCCACUUGUUCAGCAUGCUCGAAAGUACGGUCUGAAUGCUGCUGUUGCUAUAAAACUGAGGAGCACUUACACUGGUGAAGAUGAUUACAUACUUGAACUUUUCUUGCCUGUAAGUAUGAAAGGAAGCUUGGAACAACAACUUUUAUUAGACAGCCUUUCGGGUACUAUGCAGAGAAUUUGUCGAAGUCUAAGAACUGUUUCCGAUCUUGGUUCAACUAAAAAAGAAGUGACUACAGAUGGAUUUCGGACUGGCAAAAUGUUCAAUUUCCCGCAGACCACAUGUUCGGGAAACUUGCCGACAAUAUUAUCGGAUUCUGAAAUUAACACUACUAAAAGCAUAUUCUCGGAUAUGUCAUCCGAUAAAGAAAACAGUGUUACAAAAUCUCAAGGCACUUCGGAGCAGGAUAUGAGCAAAGUUCGAAGAACACCAGAGAAGAAGAAAAGCACUACAGAGAAAAAUGUGAGCUUAAGCGUUCUCCAACAACAUUUUUCCGGGAGUCUAAAGGAUGCUGCAAAAAGCCUUGGUGUUUGUCCAACUACUCUUAAACGGAUAUGCAGACAAAAUGGGAUCAUGAGGUGGCCAUCUCGCAAGAUUAACAAAGUGAACCGAUCAUUAAGGAAGAUACAGACAGUGCUCGACUCGGUCCAGGGUGUAGAAGGAGGACUAAAGUUUGACUCAACCACGGGCGAAUUCAUUGCUAUCCCUUUUAUCCAAGAAUUUGAUACCCAAAAGGGUCUAUCUUCUCAUGCUAACAAUGCACGAGGUCAGGAGAAUAUGGCUGAAGAGACGUCCUUCGAGCACUUGGUAGUUAAAUCUGUCGACAAUGAAAUUAAGUUAGAGGAUGAUAUCACCACGAACCAAGCAGGAUUGGGAUCAUUCAUAGAUAUUAAUGCUAGUAGUCAGCCAUGGGGUUGGAUGGCCGAACAGUCUGCUUUAAAUGGCAGUGAAGGAAUGAAGAACGUUGGGAACUUAAGCUCUCUGGCUAUUGCAGAUGGCAUGGAUACAACAUUCCGGUGCAGUGGCAAUAUCGUUGAACCUAAUCUAUCCAUGUCAUGCAGCAUAUCAGAUUCAUCAAAUGGCUCAGGCUCAGGCGCAGUUAUGCUCGGAAGCUCAUCUACUUCCAUGGAAGAUUGGAACCAAAUGAGAAGCAACAACAACAAUAGCAGCGAGAGUGGAUCAACAACGCUGACCGUAAAGGCAACUUAUAGAGAAGACACAAUACGAUUCAAGUUCGAGCCAUCUGUUGGGUGUCCCCAGCUCUACAAAGAAGUUGGGAAACGCUUUAAACUGCAAGACGGGUCAUUUCAGCUUAAGUACUUAGAUGAUGAAGAAGAAUGGGUGAUGUUGGUUACAGAUUCUGAUCUCCAAGAAUGCUUGGAGAUAUUGUAUGGUUUGGGAAAAAACACAGUGAAGUUUCUCGUUCGUGAUUUGCCUGCUCCUAUAGGGAGUUCUGCUGGCAGCAACUACUUAGGAACAUGUUCAUGA